AUACACACAUCCGAACGCGUCUUACUAAAUCAGACGAACGUUUUAACAUGCAUAUGUGCUAGUACUUUGUUCAAAAUAAAAAUAGAUAUUGAUUCUUCAGAAAGAUGGCAACUGACGCGAAAUCAACAGCAAAUCCCGUGGAAUCCGGUGAUUUCACGAGUAUUCCUUUGGAGGUAGAUCCGGAGCAACCCAUUAAAAAGAAAAAAGUCCCAAGAAGGUUAAUUCAUUGCAGUGAUGGAGUUCUAGAAGAAUACUCAACAGAUGAAGAAGAAGAAGUUAAACCCCCAGAACCAACAGUCAACCCAAAAGAACUGACUUGGAUGCCUUGGUUUUGGUAUUACUUUGUGACCGCUGCCAGGGGGACAUUAUAUGUGGCUGACAGUUGCGGAGAAAAAUUAGCAUCCUUCUUUGGAAUCACUACACCUAAAUAUCAGUACGCAAUUGAUGAGUAUUACCGUCUCAAAGAAGAGGAGGAAAGAGAACAAGAAAGAGAAAAAAGAAACCAGGAAAUGUUUGAAGAAAAAAAGUUGUCGCAGAUAAAAAUAGAAUUAAAACCUGAAAAAGAAUCAUGUGAACAAAGAGAAGCAACUUCUCCAGGCCCCAAAUACUGAGGGCGUUGGCUCAUUCAUUGUGAAGUUGAAUAUCAUAACCAAUUGUUUGAGGGACCAAAGAUAUUAAAAUUACUAGUAUAUGCUGUAUAACAACAUUGAGAAACCUUAUCAAUAGGGUGGAUUUGAUUGAACUAACAGAUUCUAGAAUCUCAUAUAUGAAUCAGAUUUUAACUGAACAAGUAAAUGCUUGUUAUUUUGUAAACAAAACAGCUUUAAAAGAUAAUUCAAUACAUGUAUUAUAAAAUUUGAUUUGUCAUAAUGGUUCAGUUAAAAUUGAUGAUCCUUUAAAAAUAUUACAAUUAACAUAUUUAAUUUUUUUUAUCUCUAUGAACAAGUGUUGUUUGAUGGUGGGCGAGUGAGUGUGUGUGAAUUUGUUUGGUAUCAUUCCAAAUGUCAUUAUUUUAAUUUAUGCCAUAUGUAUAUAAAUACUGUGUAAUAUUGCUAUAUUAUCUGCAUUGGGUGAAAAAAACCUGUUCAAGAGAUAAUGAUAUAUGAUUUGUUGAAUGACUUGAACACAAUUAUCUUUUGAAUUUCAUUUUUAUCUAACUGUUUUCAAAGGAAUUGAACACAGUUGUGCAUUUUCCCCUAUGCAUUCAGAUUAUAUAUUUGUUGUUGGUGUUAUUUAAAUUAUUUAUAAUAAACAUGGUUUUUACUUGCA